GUGGUGGGACAGUGAAAAAAAAAAAAAGAGGAACCUCCCUAUUUCUGCAGGAGAUGGAAAGAGGGAACACGCUGAGAAGCUGCUGGCCUGCUGGCACCCCCUGGAUCCGGCGCUGGAGGUGCCUUGCUGCAGAUUUUCCGUGUGGGACUCGGUGACGUGCCUCCGUCCCCGCGUGCUCCCUGCGAUGCUUGGUGACACGCUCCCGCCUUCCCCCGGCAGCAGCCCAGCUCCUCUCGCCCCCGCGGCCGGGGCGGCAGGGCUCCUGCCGGCAGAAGGUCUGCAGGGGGAUUAUAUUUAGAAGAAAAGGAAGAGAGGUGGUGAUAAGGAGGCCACCGUUAUCUCCCCGCGUGCCGAGUGGGGCUGUGCCCGGGUCCUGGCUCCGGCGCUUCGGACCUGGGAAAUGAUUUGGGAAGAAGCUGCAAGCGGGCAGGCGGGAGCGGGGAGAACAGCCUGGCAUUGUCCCUCCCGUCCCUGGUGCAAUUAACUGGAAAACAAGCCGCGGGAAAACAAGCCAAGAGCCUGUUGGCGGGGCAGCGCCCAGCUCCACGGGGCAAGUUUGCGUCCGCGCCCCCAGCCCGACGGCUGCGCUCUGCACCGCUUCUUGCUCGCUUGCAGGAGGGAGCAGCUCUGCCUUUCCUCGCCGGGAGCUUUCCAAGCAGCUUUGCCGGCCAUUGGGACCACGGGCCGGGGAGGAUUUUGCUGGCACCUGUGGCUGGGAGCACCCAGAGAAGCGCGAGGAGCCGUGGAAACGCGCAGCAGCCGUUGCCAUCGCGGUGGGGUUUGUGACGAUGCCCCUGACGAUGAGCGGCCGUUGGGAGCAGCGGGUGUAGGAAGUGGUGCUGUGGGAGGAGCCGCCACUGGGGAGUCACCCACCCGCUUUGGGGCCAAGGUCAGGGAGCGGGUGGUACCGACAGAAGACCCUUCCCCAAGAACCGGGAGGCAGCCACCGCUUUGCCCGCGACCCAGCGCUCCCCAUCCCAGGCUCGGGCGAUGGAGAGGCAGCAGCUCUCCGGGGACAAGUGGCGGCUCAGCGCCUGCCUGGCGUGCCAGAUGUGCUGUCUGGAUGAACGGGACAGAGUCCAAAAGAAAACUUUCACUAAAUGGGUCAAUAAACACUUGAUGAAGGUGCGCAAGCACAUCAAUGACCUCUACGAGGACUUGCGAGAUGGCCACAACCUCAUCUCCCUCCUGGAGGUGCUGUCAGGAGUGAAGCUGCCGCGUGAGAAGGGGCGGAUGCGUUUCCACCGGCUGCAGAACGUGCAGAUUGCCCUGGAUUUCCUGAAGCAGCGCCAGGUGAAACUGGUGAACAUCCGCAAUGACGACAUUACGGAUGGCAACCCCAAGCUCACCCUGGGGCUCAUAUGGACAAUCAUCCUCCACUUCCAGAUCUCCGACAUCUACAUCAGCGGGGAGUCGGGGGAUAUGUCAGCCAAGGAGAAGCUGCUUCUGUGGACACAGAAGGUGACGGCGGGUUACAUUGGGGUGAAGUGCACCAACUUCUCCUCAUGCUGGAGCGACGGGAAGAUGUUCAACGCGCUCAUCCACAGAUACAGGCCAGAUCUGGUGGACAUGGAGAGGGUGCAGAUCCAGAGUAACCGGGAGAACCUGGAGCAAGCCUUUGAGAUCGCCGAGCGGCUGGGAGUCACGCGGCUGCUGGAUGCCGAAGACGUGGACGUCCCCUCUCCGGAUGAGAAAUCCGUGAUAACUUAUGUGUCUUCAAUCUACGAUGCCUUUCCCAAAGUCCCUGAGGGAGGAGAAGGGAUCAGCGCUAUCGAGGUGGAUUCGAGGUGGCUGGAGUACCAGAGCUGCGUGGAGUCCCUCAUCUCCUGGAUCAAGCAGCACACGAUACUCAUGUCAGAUAAAUCCUUCCCCCAGAACCCUGUAGAGCUAAAGGCACUUUAUAACCAGUACAUACACUUCAAAGAAACUGAAAUCCCGGCAAAAGAGCAGGAAAAAGGAAGGAUAGAGGAGCUCUACAAACUGUUAGAGGUCUGGAUUGAAUUUGGACGCAUCAAGUUGCCCCAGGGCUACCACCCCAACGACGUGGAGGAGGAGUGGGGCAAGCUCAUCAUAGAGAUGCUGGAGCGCGAGAAGCUCCUGCGGCCGGCGGUGGAGAGGCUGGAAUUGCUGCUACAAAUCGCUAACAAAAUCCAGAAUGGUGCUCUGAGCUGUGAAGAAAAACUCACUCUUGCAAAGAACACGCUGCAGGCUGACGCUGCUCACCUGGAGUCAGGCCAGCCCGUGCAGUACGAAUCCGACGUGGUCGUGUAUCUGCAGGAGUGUGAAGGGCUCAUCCGCCAGCUCCAGGUGGACGUGCAGAUCCUCCGGGAUGAGAAUUACUACCAGCUGGAGGAGUUGGUGUUCAGGAUCAUGCGGCUGCAAGAUGAGCUGGUGACGCUGAGGCUAGAAUGCACUAACCUGUACAGAAAAGGCCACUUCUCUACCCUGGAGUUGGUGCCCACUUCCACGCUGAGCACGACGCACUUGAAGGGCGAGUCCCUGACCAAGGGGCUGCACACCUCCUCCACCUCCUGGUUCCGGAAACCCAUGACCAGGACAGAGCUGGUGGCCAUCUCCUCUUCUGAAGAUGAAGGCAGCCUCCGGUUUGUGUACGAGCUGCUGGCCUGGGUGGAGGAAAUGCAGAUGAGACUGGAGCGGGCAGAGUGGGGGACCGACCUGCCGAGUGUGGAAACUCAGCUGGAGACCCAGCGGCACAUCCAUACCAGCGUGGAGGACCUGGGCUCCAGCGUAAAGGAGGCCAGGAUGUACGAGGGUAAAAUGUCUCAGAAUUUCCGUGCUAGCUACACGGAGACGCUCGGCAAGCUGGAGACACAGUACUGCAAGCUGAUGGAAACCUCGAGCUUCCGCCUGAGACACCUCCAGAGCUUGCACGGGUUUGUGUCUCGGGCCACUGUGGAGCUGAUUUGGCUAAAUGAGAAGGAGGAGGAGGAACUGGCCUAUGACUGGAGUGACAACAACCCUAACAUUGCAGCCAAGAAAAACUACUUCUCGGAGCUGACAACGGAGCUGGAGGAGAAGCAGGAUGUCUUCCGUUCCCUCCAAGACACAGCCGAGCUGCUCUCCCUGGAAAAUCACCCGGCCAAGCAAACCGUAGAGGCCUACAGCGCUGCUGUGCAGAGUCAGUGGCAGUGGAUUAAGCAGCUCUGCCUGUGCGUGGAACAGCACGUGAAGGAGAACGCCGCCUAUUUCCAGUUCUUCAGCGACGCCCGGGAGUCCGAGACCUACCUGCGCAACCUGCAGGACUCCAUCAAAAGGAAGUAUUCUUGUGACCAUAACACGAGCCUGACGCGGCUGGAGGACCUGCUGCAGGACUCCAUGGACGAGAAGGAGCAGCUCAUUCAGUCGAAGAGCUCCGUCGCCAGCCUGGUGGGACGGUCCAAAACCAUCGUUCAGCUCCGGCCCAGGAACCCCGAGCACCUUGUGAAGAGCACGAUCCCCAUUAAGGCUGUUUGCGACUAUCGGCAGAUCGAGAUCACCAUCUGCAGGAACGACGAGUGUGUCCUGGAGGACAAUUCCCAGAGGACCAAGUGGAAGGUGAUCAGCCCCACGGGGAAUGAGGCCAUGGUGCCUUCUGUCUGCUUCCUGAUCCCCCCGCCCAACAAAGAAGCCAUCGAGAUGGCCAACAGGGUAGAACAGUUGUACCAGAAAGUGAUGGCUCUCUGGCACCAGCUCCACAUGAACACAAAGAGCCUCAUCUCCUGGAACUAUCUGCGGAAGGACAUAGCCCUGGUGCAAAGCUUCAGCAUGGAAAAGCUCAGAUCCUUAGCACAAGGGGAGUGCCAGCAAGCCAUGAAGAGCCUCCAGGCACACUACGAGGACUUCCUGCAGGACAGCCGGGACUCGGAGCUCUUCUCCGUGUCGGACCGGCUGCGCCUGGAGGAGGAAGUGGAGUCUUCCAAGGAACACAUCCGGCACCUGCUGGAGUCCAUGGAGAACGAAGACAAGGAUGAGACGGUUGCCAGGACGUAUCUCUCCGAGCUCAAGAACAUCCGUCUGCGCCUGGAGGAGUGUGAGCAGAGGCUAGUGGGCCGAAUCCAGUCCCCGAGCAGUGCCCGAGCAGAUGGCGACACUAUCCAGGAAAACACCAUCCGCAUUGCAGAGCAGGAGCACAUGCAGGAGGAUCUGCAGCGGCUGCAGUCGGACCUGCGGUUUGUUUCUGAGAGAUGCUACAGCUUCCUCGACAAGGCGCCCGCGGGGCCCAGCACGCCCCACUUGCGUUCUGAACUUGACUUGGUGGUGAACAAGAUGGACCAGAUGCAUGGGUUGUCUUCCAUCUACUUGGACAAGUUGAAGACGGUUGAUGUUAUUAUUCGGAACACCCAAGGAGCAGAAUCUCUGGUCAAAGGGUACGAGGUGAAGCUGAGCCAAGAGGAGGCAGUGCCUGCUGACCUGGCAGCUAUCCAGUCUCACAGAGCGGCCUUACAGCAGUGGCUCGGGGAAGUGAAGGACAAGAGCUCUGUCUUCUCCACGCUGGAGGAGGAGAUGGCCAAGGCGAAGGCAGUGGGAGAGCAGCUGUACAGGCUGAGGCAAGAGCGCAGCAUCGACCUCGAGCGCUAUCAGGAGAAGGGAAGCCAGCUGUGGGAUCGCUGGCAGCGAGUCUGCGCCCAGAUCGAGACCCGCCAUGCGGAGCUGGAGAGCAUCCAGGAGGUGCUGGGUGAUUACAGGCAGUGCCACGGUGCCCUGAUCCAGUGGAUCGAGGAGAUCACGGUGCAGCAGGAGCUGAUGAAGCCCGGGCAGGCAGAGGACAGCCGGGUGCUGUCGGAGCAGCUGAGCCAGCAGACGGCUUUAGCUGCAGAAAUCGAGAAAAAUCAAGCCAAACUGGACCAAUGUCAGAAAUUCUCCCAGCAAUACUCAGCUGCUGUCAAGGACUACGAGUUGCAGCUCAUGACGUACAGGGCGUUUGUGGAGUCGCAGCAGAAGUCUCCCAUGAAGCGCCGGCGCAUGCUCUCGUCCUCGGAUGCCAUCACACAGGAGUUCAUGGAUUUGCGGACUCGUUAUACAGCUCUGGUGACAUUAACCACACAGCACGUCAAGUACAUCAGCGAUGCUCUCCGGCGGCUGGAGGAGGAGGAGAAAGUAGUGGAGGAGGAGAAGCAGGAGCAUGUGGACAAGGUGAAGGAGCUCCUGGGCUGGGCCCUGGGCUUGAAGCAGAGUGUGCAAGGCAGGACGGCUGCUGCUGGGAGCAGAGAGCUGGGUGACAUCGAGAAAUCCAUCUCAGAGCAGCAGGCCCUGAAUGAGGAGCUGGCUGCAAAGAAGGAGCAGGUCUCUGAGGCCAUCAAAACUUCACAAAUCUUCCUGGCAAAACACAGCCACAAACUUUCCCACCCGGAGAAGGAACAGAUUUCUGCUCAGAUCGGUGCCCUCAAGGAGACCUACCAGGCACUCUGCAGCGACUCCAUGGAGCAGCUCCAGCAGCUCCAGAGCCAGCUGGCCCAGGAGACAGAGCACAAGACGCUGCAGGAGCAGCAGGCAGCCCGGGCGCAGAGCCUGGCCGAGCUGAGCCGCUGGCUGGGCCAGGCAGAGGACACGCUGGCAGAGCAGCAGAGAGCAGCCAGCGAAGGGGACCUGUCUGCCUUGCAGCAGAGGCAAAGCGACGUUAAGGAGCUGCAGAGGAACAUGCACACCCGAGCUGCCUCCUUUGCCAGCGUCCUGAAAAGCACAGAGGAGUUUUUGGAGGAGAACAAGGCGAAGAUGGAGCCUGGGGAGCUGGCAGCGCUGCAAGAGAAGCUCCAGCGUGCCAAGGAGCAGUACCGGUCCUUGCAGGAGAGGACGGAGAUGGCCCAGAAGGAGCUGGAGAGUGCUGUGACUGCUGCAGUGCAGCAGGAGACUGAAAAGCAGCAGCUGCAGGGAGACCUCGCUGAGCAUCAGGUGCCGGUGGAGAAGCUCCAGAAGGCAGCUCGGUCCCUGCUGGAGGUUCAAGGGGAGCCGGCCCCAGACCACGGGCACAUUCAGGAAACAACAGAUGCCAUCGUGAGCCGCUUCCAGAGCCUCUCCCAGCAGAUGGCCGAGCGCUCGGACCUGCUGCAGAAAUCCAUCGCCCAGUCCCAGAGCGUCCAGGAGAGCCUGGAGAGCCUCCUCCAGUCGGUGGCUGAGAUCGAGAAGAACCUGGAGAGAGAGCAGCCAGCCGCGCUCUCCUCCGCCUCCAUCCAGGACUCGCUUGCCACGAGCGCGAAGCUGAAGCAGGACAUUGCCAGGCAGAAGAGCUGCCUGGAAGCCACCCGCGAGAUGGUGACACGGUUCAUGGAGGCGGCAGACAGCCCCACGGCCUCUGCCCUGCAGGGCAAGCUGGCGGAGGUGACGGAGCAUUUCGGCAGGCUGUGCCAGCAGCAGCGGGAGAGGGAGGACGUGCUGAAGGGCCUCCUCCCCAAGGUCGAGCAGUACGAGCAGCUCUCGGAGAAGUUGCAGCAGUUUACGGAGAGCAGAGCGCGGAUGUUGGCGUCUGGGAAUCAGCCAGACCGGGACAUUGCUCGCUUCUCCCAGCAUGUCCAGGAGCUGAAUUCGGAGCUGAGGCAGCACCAGGAGGAUCUGGCCACCCUGGAGCACCUCGCUGCAGAGCUGGGCUCCUGCGGCUUUGCCCCCGGCACCUCCCAGCAGCAGGAGAAGCUGCAGAGCCUGAAGAAAGACUUCCUGCAGCUGCAGAAGGUGGCAAAAGAGAGAGAAAAGGAUGCGUCGUCCUGCCAGGAGCAACUGGAUGAAUUUCGGAAGCUGGUCGGGGCCGUGAGGAAGUGGCUGAGGGAGAGCGAAGGCAAAAUGCCGCCUGCUGAGACCUCCCUGGGCACCCAGGAGCUGCACCAGCACAGGCAGCAGAUCCAGGAUCUGCUGGAGGAGUGGGAGGGGAAGGGGGCCCAGGUGGAGGAGAUCGGCCGCAGAGGGACCCUCCUGGAGAACCUGAUCGUGGAGAUUACAGCCCCCGACACCCCGUCCAAGGCAGGUGCCGCGCUGCCCGCUCCGGGAGGGUCGGCAGGCAGCGUGAACGGAUACCACACGUGCAAAGAUCUGACCGAGAUCCAGUGCGAUGUGUCGGACGUGACCCAGCAGUACCAGAGCCUUGGCGUGGCGCUGCAGGAACGCCAGCAGCAGCUCUCGGCUAUGCUGGAGAAGAUGCAAGAAGUGCAGGAGGAGGCCAGCUCCAUGCUGAAGUGGCUGGAGUCGAAGGAACGAACGUUGUCGGAGCUGGACGCCUCCUCCUCACCCACCAAGACGGAGACAGUGAGAGCCCAGGCUGAGCACAACAAGGCAUUUCUGGCUGAAUUGGAACAGAAUUCAGGGAAGAUCCAGAAGGUAAAGGAAGAGCUUUCUGGCUUGCUGGAGAAAUAUCCAGAUUCUCCAGAAGCAGCGAACUGGAAGAAGAUGCAGGAAGACCUGAAUUGCAGGUGGGAAAGAGCCAGCCAGGCGACGGCCGAGCGGCAGCAGAAGCUGGAGGAGUCGGCGAACCAGCUGGCCACCUUCCAGGCUGCUGAAGCCCAGCUGCGCCCUUGGCUCCUGGAGAAGGAGCUGAUGAUGAGCGUGCUGGGACCCCUCUCCAUCGACCCGAACAUGCUGAACGCACAGAAGCAGCAGGUCCAGUUUAUGCUGAAGGAAUUUGAAGCUCGCAGACAACAGCACGAGCAGCUCAACCAGGCAGCUCAGAGCAUCCUGACUGGCCCUGGAGAUGUGUCUCCAUCCACUAACCAGGUGCGGGAAGAACUCCAAGGGGUUAAUCAGAAAUGGUCUGAGCUAAUGGAACGCCUCAACUCCCGCUCCAGCCAAAUUGACCAAGCCAUAGUAAAGAGCACCCAGUACCAGGAGCUGCUCCAGGGCCUCUCCGAGAAGGUGAAGGCGGUUGGGCAGCGCCUGAGCAGCCAGUCUGCCAUCAGCACGCAGCCCGACGCCGUGAAACAGCAGCUGGAGGAAACCAGUGAGAUCCGCUCGGACCUGGAGCAGCUGGAAGAGGAGAUUGCAGAGGCUCAGACCCUCUGCGAUGACCUCUCCGUCCUGAUCGGCGAGCAGUAUCUCAAAGAUGAGUUAAGGAAACGUCUGGAGACGGUGGCGCUUCCUCUCAAAGGGCUGGAAGACCUGGCAGCCGACCGGAUGAACCGACUGCAGACUGCGCUUGCAAGUUCCCAGCAGUUCCAGCAUAUGUUUGAUGAACUCAGGACCUGGCUAGAUGACAAACUGUGCCAGCAAGCUCGGAACCAACCUAUUUCUGCUAAACUGGAGAGGCUACAGAGCCAAAUUCAGGAACAAGAAGAGUUUCAGAAGAGCCUCAACCAACACAGUGGCUCCUACGAGAUGAUUGUAGCUGAGGGAGAAUCUUUGCUGCUUUCUGUCCAGCCUGGGGAGGAGAAGACCACUCUGCAAAACCAGUUGGUCAGCCUCAAAACGCACUGGGAGGAGCUCAGCAAGCAGGCUGCCGAUAGACACUCUAAGCUCAAGGACUGUUUGCAGAAAGCUCAGAAGUACCAACGGCACACGGAGGAUCUCCUGCCUUGGGUGGAGGACUGCAAGGCAAAGAUGUCAGAGCUGGAAGUAACUCUGGAUCCGGUGCAGCUGGAGGCGACUCUUCUGAGAUCAAAGGCUUUGCUGAGUGACGUGGAGAAGCGCCGCUCCUUGCUGGAGAUGCUGAACAGUGCUGCCGACAUCCUGAUCGACGCUUCUCAGACCGAUGAGGACGACAUUCGGGAUGAGAAGGCCGGCAUCAAUCAGAAGAUGGAUGCUAUCACAGAAGAGCUGCAAGCCAAGACUGGCUCCAUUGAAGAAAUGUCACAGAGGCUCAAGGAGUUUCAGGAGAGCUUCAAGAACAUUGAGAAGAAGCUGGAAGGGGCGAAGCACCAGCUGGAGAUCUACGAUGCGCUCGGGCCGCAAGCCUGCAGCAACAAGAAUUUGGAGAAGCUCAGGGCACAGCAGGAGGUGCUGCAGGCCCUGGAGCCACAAGUGGAUUAUCUGAAAAACUUCACUCAAGGUCUAGUAGAAGAUGCCCCAGAUGGGUCUGACUGUUCCCAGCUCUUAAGCCAAGCUGAAGUGGCUCAGCAGGACUUCAAAGCUGUGAAGCAGAAAGUGAAUGACUGCUGUACGCUCAUGGAAAACAAGCUUGAGGGGAUCGGCCAAUUCAAUAAUCGGGUCAGGGAGAUGUUCUCCCAGCUGGCGGAUCUCGAUGACGAGCUGGACAGCAUGGGCCCCAUCGGGAGAGACACCGACAGCCUUCAGUCCCAAGCAGAGGACGUUCGCACGUUCCUGGGCAAACUCCACAGGCUGAAGUCUGACAUUGAAGCUUCUGAAAGUGAAUGUAAGAAGAUGCUGGAGGACGAAGGGAGCCCCGAUUUAUUAGGACUGAAACGUGAGUUGGAGACGCUGAAUAAACAGUGCAGCAAACUGACGGAGAGAGGCAAGAACCGUCAGGAGCAGGUGGAAACGACGCUGUCUCGUGUCGAGGACUUUUACGGCCGCCUGAAGGAGCUGACCCACAUGACAACCGCGGCGGAGGAGAACGAGGCGUUGCAGUGGGUGGUGGGAACAGAGGUGGAAACCAUCAACCAGCAGUUGGCAGACUUCAAGCUGUUCCAGAAGGAGCAAGUGGAUCCCCUCCAGCUAAAACUACAGCAAGUCAAUGGAGUUGGUCAAGGGCUCAUCCAAAGCGCCGGGAAAAACUGUGACGUCCAAGGGUUGGAGCAUGACAUGGAAGAAAUCAACACCCGCUGGAACACCCUCAACAAGAAGGUGGCCCAGAGAGUUGCUCAGCUGCAAGAGGCCCUGUUGCACUGCGGGAAGUUUCAGGACGCCCUGGAGCCGUUGCUGAGCUGGCUGGCGGACACCGAGGAGCUCAUCUCCAACCAGAAACCUCCCUCUGCAGAGUACAAGGUGGUGAAAGCCCAGAUCCAGGAGCAGAAGCUGCUCCAGCGACUCCUGGAUGAUCGCAAAGCCACCGUUGAGAUGAUCCAAGCGGAGGGAGGGAGGAUCGCCCAGUCAGCUGAGCCUGCAGACCGGGAGAAGAUCGUGGGGCAGCUGGAGAGCCUGGAGCGGCGCUGGGCAGGGCUGCUGGGCCGGGCGGCCGGCAGGCAGAAGCAGCUGGAGGACAUCUUGGUCCUGGCAAAGCAGUUCCAUGAAACCACGGAGCCCGUGUCGGACUGGCUGUCGGUGACGGAGAAGAAACUGGCCAACUCUGAGCCCAUCGGUACCCAGACUGCCAAAAUCCAGCAGCAGAUCAGUCGGCACAAGGCUCUAGAGGAAGAGAUAGAGAGCCACGUGGCCGACGUGUCUCGGGCGGUCGGUGUCGGGCAGUCCCUCUCCUCCCUGAGCUGUGCCGCUGAGCGGAGGCUGCUGGCAGAGAAAUUAGACUCUCUGCAGAGCCGCUACGGCGAGGUCCACGACCGGUGCUGCCGGAAGGCAGCGCUGCUGGAUCAGGCGCUCUCUAACGCCAGGCUCUUUGGGGAGGAGGAGGUGGAAGUGCUCAACUGGCUGGCUGAGGUCGAGGACAAGCUCGGCUCGGUAUCCGUAAAGGAUUACAAACGGGACGUCCUGCAGAAGCAGCAUGCCGACCAGCUGGCCUUGAAUGAGGAGAUUGUGAACAGGAAAAAGAAUGUGGACCAAGCCAUUAGAAACGGGCAAGCUCUUCUGAAGCAAACCACAGGGGAGGAGGUGUUGCUGAUCCAGGAGAAGCUGGAUGGAAUUAAGACCCGCUAUUCGGACAUCACCGCCGCCAGCUCCAAGGCUCUGCGCACGCUGGAGCAGGCUCGGCAGCUGGCCACCAAGUUCCAGUCCACGCACGAGGAGCUCGCCAGCUGGAUGAGUAAAGUGGAGGACGAGCUGGCUUCCAGUGGGGGACAGUCCCCUGCCGGCGAGCAGAUACCCCAAUUCCAGCAGAGACAAAAGGAGCUGAAGAAGGAGGUGAUGGAGCACAGGCUCGUCCUGGACACGGUGAACGAGGUGAGCCGAGCUCUCCUGGAGCUGGUUCCCUGGCGAGCCCGCGAGGGGCUGGAUAAGCUCGUGUCAGACACCAACGAGCGCUACAAGCUGGUCAGCGACACCAUCAAACUGAGGGUGGAAGAAAUCGAUGCUGCUAUUCAGAGAUCUCAACAGUACGAGCAGGCGGCCGACGCCGAGCUGGCCUGGGUGGCUGAGACCAAGCGGAAGCUGAUGGCCCUCGGUCCCAUCCGCCUGGAGCAAGACCAGACGACGGCUCAGCUGCAGGUGCAGAAGGCUUUUUCCAUCGACAUUAUUCGACACAAAGACUCUAUGGAUGAGCUGUUCAGCCAGCGCAAUGAGAUCUUCGGGACGUGUGGGGAGGAACAAAAAGCUGUUCUCCAGGAGAAAACCGAAUCCCUGGUGCAACAGUACGAAGCUGUGAGCCAGCUCAACUCAGAGCGUUACGCUCGCUUGGAGCGCGCCCAGGUCCUGGUUAACCAGUUUUGGGAGACCUACGAGGAGCUGAACCCGUGGAUCGAGGAGACACAAGCCCUCAUCUCCCAGCUGCCCCCUCCGGCCAUCGAUCACGAGCAGCUCAAGCAGCAGCAGGAGGACAUGAGGCAACUGAGAGAGUCCAUUGCUGAACAUAAACCUCAUAUUGACAAGCUGUUGAAAAUCGGACCGCAGCUCAAGGACCUCAACCCCGAGGAAGGGGAGAUGGUGCAGAAAAAGUACUCGACGGCUGAGGCCAUGUAUGCCAAAAUCAAGGAGGAGGUGUGCCAGCGGGCUCUGGCGCUCGACGAAGCCGUCUCGCAGUCCACCCAGAUUACAGAGUUCCACGAUAAGAUUGAGCCCAUGCUGGAGACGCUGGAGGCCCUCUCCUCCCGCCUGCGCAUGCCGCCCCUCAUCCCCGCCGAGGUCGAUAAGAUCCGGGAGUGCAUCAGCGAGAACAAAAAUGCCACCGUGGAGCUGGAGAAGCUGCAGCCCUCCUUCGAGGCUCUGAAACGCCGCGGGGAAGAGCUGAUCGGUCGAUCGCAAGGAGCAGACAAGGACCUGGCAGCAAAAGUAAUCCAGGAUAAGUUGGAUCAGAUGGUCUUCUUCUGGGAAGACAUCAAAGCUCGGGCGGAGGAACGUGAAAUGAAAUUCCUUGAUGUCCUGGAGCUCGCAGAGAAGUUCUGGUACGACAUGGCAGCCCUCCUGACUACCAUCAAGGACACACAGGACAUCGUCCACGACCUGGAGAGCCCAGGCAUUGACCCCUCCAUCAUCAAGCAGCAGGUGGAAGCGGCAGAGACUAUUAAAGAGGAGACGGACGGCUUGCAUGAAGAGCUGGAGUUCAUCCGACUCCUUGGAACUGAUUUAAUUUUUGCCUGUGGCGAAACUGAGAAACCAGAAGUGAAAAAGAGCAUUGAUGAGAUGAACAACGCGUGGGAAAAUCUAAACAAAACGUGGAAGGAGAGGCUUGAAAAGCUUGAAGAAGCCAUGCAGUCGGCUGUGCAAUACCAAGAUACGCUUCAAGCCAUGUUUGACUGGCUGGAUAACGCCGUGAUCAAACUCUGCAACAUGUCUCCCGUCGGCACUGACCUCAACACGGUUAAGGAGCAGAUGAAUGAGAUGAAGGAGUUUAAAAUGGAGGUUUACCAGCAGCAGAUUGAGAUGGAAAAGCUUAAUCACCAAGGUGAACUGAUGCUAAAAAAAGCUACAGAUGAGACAGACAGAGACAUCAUAAAGGAACCACUGACAGAGCUGAAACAUCUCUGGGAGAAUUUGGGCGAGAAAAUUGCUCACAGACAGCACAAGUUAGAAGCCGCUCUCCUGGCGCUCGGCCAGUUCCAGCACGCCUUGGCAGAGCUGAUGGCCUGGCUGACCCACACCGAGGAGCUGCUGGACGCACAAAAACCCAUCAAUGGAGACCCCAAAGUCAUCGAGGUUGAACUCGCAAAGCACCAUGUGCUGAAGAACGAUGUCCUGGCCCACCAAGCGACCGUGGAGACAGUGAACAAAGCGGGCAACGAGCUGCUGGAGUCGAGCGCAGGGGACGACGCCAGCAGCCUCCGGAACCGCCUGGAGAAGCUGAACUCCUGCUGGGAGUCGGUGCUGCAAAAGACAGAGGAGAGGGAGCAGCAGCUGCAGUCCACGCUCCAGCAGGCCCAGGGUUUCCAUGGUGAGAUUGAAGACUUCCUCCUGUGGCUAACGAGGAUGGAGAGCCAAUUGUCGGCAUCAAAACCCACGGGAGGUCUGCCAGAAACUGCCCGGGAACAACUCAAUGCCCACAUGGAGCUGUACAGCCAGCUCAAGGCCAAGGAGGAUGUCUACAGCCAGCUGCUGGCCAAGGGGCGACUGAUGCUGCUGAACCGCGAUGACUCUGGCUCGGGCUCAAAGACAGAGCAAAGCGUAGCACUGCUGGAGCAGAAAUGGUGCCUGGUCAGCACGAAGAUGGAGGAGAGAAAGGCAAAGCUGGAGGAGGCGCUGGCCUUGGCCACGGACUUCCAGAACUCCCUCCAGGAUUUCAUCAACUGGCUCACGCUGGCUGAGCAGAGCCUGAACAUCGCGCCCCCGGCCAGCCUUAUCCUCAACGCUGUGCUGGCCCAGAUCGACGAGCACAAGGUGUUCGCCAACGAGGUCAACGCUCAUCGGGAUCGGAUCAUCGAGCUGGAUCAAACUGGGAACCAGCUGAAGUUUCUCAGUCAAAAGCAGGAUGUGGUGCUGAUCAAGAACCUGCUGGUGAGCGUCCAGUCCCGCUGGGAGAAGGUCGUCCAGCGCUCGGUGGAGCGGGGACGGGCUCUUGAUGAUGCCAGGAAACGAGCCAAGCAGUUCCACGAAGCUUGGAAGAAACUCAUUGAUUGGCUGGAAGAUGCAGAAAAUCACCUGGACUCGGAGCUGGAGAUUUCCAAUGAUCCCGACAAAAUCAAGCUCCAGCUCUCCAAACACAAGGAGUUCCAGAAGACACUGGGCGGGAAGCAGCCUGUCUAUGAUACCACCAUCAGGACAGGCAGAGCCCUCAAAGAAAAAGCCUUGCUUCCGGAUGACACUCAAAAGCUGGACAAUUUACUGGGAGAAGUCCGGGAUAAGUGGGACACGGUGUGUGGCAAAUCUGUGGAAAGGCAGCACAAGCUGGAAGAAGCCCUUUUGUUCUCUGGCCAGUUCAUGGAUGCGCUGCAGGCCUUGGUGGACUGGCUCUACAAGGUGGAACCCCAAUUAGCUGAAGACCAGCCUGUCCAUGGUGACCUGGAUCUGGUCAUGAACCUGAUGGAUGCUCACAAGGUCUUCCAGAAAGAGCUGGGGAAGCGCACGGGGACAGUCCAGGUGCUGAAACGCUCCGGCCGGGAGCUCAUCGAGAACAGCCGAGACGACACGACCUGGGUGAAGGUGCAGCUGCAGGAGCUGAGCAACCGGUGGGACACGGUGUGCAAGCUGUCCGUGUCCAAACAAACCCGCCUGGAGCAGGCCUUGAAGCAGGCAGAGGAGUUCAGGACGGCCGUGCAGAUGCUGCUGGAGUGGCUCUCGGAGGCAGAGCAGUCCCUGCGCUUUCGGGGAGCGCUUCCCGACGACGCCGAGGCCUUGCAGUCCCUCAUCGACGCGCACAAGGAGUUCAUGAAGAAAGUGGAGGAGAAGAGAGCGGAUGUGAACGCGGCGGUGGGCAUGGGGGAGGUCAUCCUGGCCGCCUGCCACCCCGACUGCAUCACCACAAUCAAACACUGGAUCACCAUCAUCCGAGCCAGGUUUGAGGAGGUCCUCACGUGGGCGAAGCAGCACCAGCAGAGGCUGGAGGCUGCGCUGUCCGAGCUGGUGGCGAACGCAGAGCUCCUGGAAGAGCUCCUGGCUUGGAUCCAGUGGGCUGAGACAACCCUGAUCCAGCGGGACCAGGAGCCCAUGCCACAAAAUAUUGAUCAGGUCAAAGCCCUCAUCUCCGAACACCAGUCCUUCAUGGAGGAGAUGACACGGAAACAGCCAGACGUGGACCGGGUCACAAAGACAUACAAGAGGAAAGCUACUGAGCCCCCCCACGGGCCUUUCAUCGAGAAGUCCCGCAGCAACAGAAAAUCUUUGAGUCAGGCCGCCCCCCCCAGCGUGCCCAUUAUCUCCCAGUCAGAAACAAAGAACCCCCGGAUAAACCAGCUCUCGGCCCGCUGGCAGCAGGUCUGGCUGCUGGCGCUGGAGCGGCAGCGGAAGCUCAACGAUGCCCUGGACAGGCUGGAGGAGUUGAAGGAAUUCGCAAACUUUGACUUCGAUGUCUGGCGGAAGAAGUAUAUGCGCUGGAUGAACCACAAGAAAUCCCGUGUCAUGGAUUUCUUCCGGCGCAUCGACAAAGACCAGGACGGGAAGAUCACCCGGCAGGAGUUUAUCGACGGCAUCCUGGCCUCUAAAUUCCCCACCACGAAGCUGGAGAUGACGGCGGUGGCUGACAUCUUUGACCGUGAUGGCGACGGCUACAUCGAUUACUACGAGUUUGUGGCUGCUCUCCAUCCCAACAAGGAUGCCUACCGCCCCACCACUGAUGCCGACAAGAUCGAAGAUGAGGUCACCAGGCAAGUGGCCCAGUGCAAGUGCGCCAAGAGAUUUCAAGUGGAGCAGAUCGGCGAGAACAAAUACCGGUUCGGCGAUUCCCAGCAGCUGCGGCUGGUCCGGAUCCUGCGGAGCACGGUCAUGGUUCGCGUCGGGGGAGGAUGGAUGGCCCUGGAUGAAUUUUUAGUGAAAAACGAUCCUUGCAGAGCACGAGGACGAACCAACCUUGAACUCCGAGAGAAAUUCAUCUUGCCAGAAGGAGCCUCCCAGGGAAUGACGCCAUUCCGGUCGCGAGGCCGAAGAUCAAAACCCUCCUCCCGAGCAGCCUCCCCGACACGAUCCAGUUCCAGCGCCAGCCAGAGCAACCACAGCUGUGCCUCCAUGCCAUCCUCUCCCGCCACUCCGGCCAGCGGAGCCAAGGUGACCCCCUCGGCGGGCAGCAAGCUGAAGCGACCCACCUUCCACUCCAGCCGAACCUCCCUGGCUGGGGACACCAGUAACAGCUCCUCACCCGUCUCUACAGGUGCCAAAACCAGUCGGGCAGAUCCUAAAAAAACAGCCAGUCGUCCCACCAGCCGCGCCGGGAGCCGCACGGGGAGCCGGGCCAGCAGCCGCCGGGGGAGCGACGCCUCCGAUUUUGACCUUCUGGAAACGCAGUCGGCGUGCUCGGACACUUCGGAGAGCAGCGUGGCCGGCGGGCAGGGCAGCUCACGCCGGGGGAUGGCCAAACCCUCCAAAAUCCCAACCAUGUCCAAGAAAACAACCACUGCCACCCCAAAAACUCCAGGCCCUAAAAGAUAAUACUGUACCCACGCCCUCCUGAAAGAAAGAAAAUACAACCUGUGUCCAAUUUUUAACCCUGCUACGUACAUUGGAUGUAUAUUUAUUCUAAAUGGGAGAAACUAUAUUGUUAAAAGUGUAAAAGAAAGUUGUGUUAUGAAGCUGCCUUAUUUGGGUUUUUUGUUUUGGGGUUUGUUUUUGUUUUUUUGGUUUUUUUUCCUUUUUUGUAAGUUACUAUUUUCAUGUGAAUAUUUAUGUAGAUAAAAAUUGCCUCUCGGUGACCCCUGUUCAGAGAGGGGCCUGGAAAACUGAAAUGUGGGAGAGAAA